AUUGGAGGAGGAAGAAGAGCAGACUGGAGAUCUGAUUAACACCAGAGAGAGACUAGACCCUUACUCUGAAAGUGGAACGUGUCCCUCCGAGGAACCAGAACCAGUGAUGUCCAAAUCAGCAAGACCACAUCACUGCUUUCAAUGUGAAAAGAGAUUUUCCUCAUCAGGUUCCCUGAAAUCACAUGAGAGAAUACACUCAGGAGAGAAGCCGUUCCAAUGCUCCCAGUGUGGAAAGAGAUUUUCCUCGUCAGGUUCCCUGAAAUCACAUGAGAGAAUACACUCAGGAGAGAAGCCGUUCCAAUGCUCCCAGUGUGGAAAGAGAUUCAUCCGGUCAUCGCAUCUUAAAUUGCAUAAGAGUGUACACACAGGAGAAAAACCAUUCCAAUGCUCCCAGUGUGGAAAUAGUUUUACCUCAUCAGAUUCCUUGAAAAGACAUAUAGGUUUACACUCUGGAGAAAAGCCUUACCACUGCUCAGACUGUGGGAAGAGAUUUAGCCGGUUAAACGGCCUGAAACGGCAUGAGAGAAUACACACUGGAGAGAAGCCUUACCAAUGCUCCCAGUGUCAAAAUAGUUUUUCCCAGUCCGCAUACCUGAAAUACCAUGAAAGAACACACACAGGGGAGAAGCCUUACCAUUGCUCACAGUGCGGAAAGAAUUUCACCAUGUCAUGUAACUUGAAAACACAUGAGAGAAUACACUCAGGAGAGAAGCCCUAUCAAUGUUCCCAGUGUGGAAAGAGUUUUAACCAGCUAGGGAGCCUGAAAACACAUGAGCGAGCACACACAGGGGAGAAGCCUUACCACUGCUCCCAGUGUGGAAAGAGUUUUAAGAAAUUAGGCAAACUGAAACAGCAUGAGAAAGUACACACAAGCGUGAAGCCUUUUGGAAAUUCUCCCACUGUAGAAUAAAAUGAACAUGCGCUAACAAACUCUGUAGAGUAGCCUUUCCACUGAUCCUACUGUGGAAUGAGAUUUACCUUGUUAAUUAAGGCAACUGACAGAACAUGAAAGAAUCCACACCAGAGAGAAACAAUAUCAAUGUUUCCAGUGUGGAAAGAUAUUUACCCAGUUAGGGAACCUGAAGGACCAUGAGGUAACAAACACAGGGGAGAAGAGAACAGGGGAGAAGCCUUACCACUGCUCCCAUUGUGGAACGAGAUCUAGUGCAUCACACAUACUUAGAAUUCAUGAGAGAACACAUACACAGUGUUCAAAUUUGUCUCAAAUUUGUUACAGAAAAUGUGUGCUUUUUGUUAUGCCAUAUGAAAUCUAAUUGGAUAAAGCCUACUAAAAAAGAAUUGGUAUGUUUUAAAACAAAUCCCAAGACAUGAAUUAAUGUCUUGAGUAUAGAGCACAUAUA